AUGCCAGGAAUAGAUCCCCAACUCAUGUCACACCAUCUGGCCGUCAAACCAGAAGCCAGGCCAGUGGCCCAAAGGAAGAGAAAGAUGUCGCAAGAAAGGGCAGAGGAGGUGGCCAGGCAGGCGGCCAGCCUCCUUGAAGCGGGGUUCAUCCGAGAAUUGGACUACUCGACCUGGCUGUCGAACGUAGUUUUGGUGAAGAAACAUAAUGGGAGGUGGAGAAUGUAUGUAGACUACUUUGACCUCAAUAAGGCAUGUCCUAAGGACUGCUACCCCCUGCCCAAUAUUGACGCACUCGUCGACGCAGCGGCGGGGUACCGGUAUCUGAGUUUAAUGGACGCCUAUUCUGGCGCCACAUACCAGAGAUUGAUGAACAAGAUAUUCAGUGAACUAAUAGGCAAGACAGUGGAAGUCUACGUGGACGACAUUCUCGCCAAAACCACACGACCAGACGAUCUCCUGAGCGACCUGGGGGGCGUAUUUGCGUCCCUCCGGCAACACGGCAUGAGGCUUAACCCGCUCAAAUGCGCCUUUGCUAUGGAGGCCGGGAAGUUCCUGGGAUUCAUGAUCACCCAAAGAGGGGUAGAAGCAAACCCCGAGAAGUGCCAAGCGAUUCUCCAGAUGAAGAUCCCAGGUUGUAUCAAAGACGUCCAACGAUUGGCCGGAAGGCUGACGGCUUUAUCCCGUUUUCUCGGUGCAUCGGCAGCAAAAGCCCUACCCUUCUUCAAUCUGAUGAAAAAGGGAAUAGCAUUCGAAUGGACCCCGGCGUGCGAGGAGGCAUUCAACCACUUCAAGGAGAUCCUAGCAGCGCCUCCUGUGCUCGGGAAGCCCAAGGCCGGAGAAUCACUCUACCUCUACCUGGCAGUAACAGAGGAAGCGCUCGCAGCGGUGCUUGUAAGAGAAGAAGGGAAAACUCAGCAGCCGGUCUACUUCGUCAGUAGGGCUCUGCAAGGAGCCGAGCUGAGGUACAGCAAACUGGAAAAGCUGGCAUUUACACUCCUAACUUCCUCCCGAAGGUUAAGGCAAUACUUCCAGAGUCACCGUAUAGUCGUGAGGACGGACCAGGCAAUUCGCCAAGUACUACAAAAACCUAAUUUGGCUGGUAGGAUGAUGACCUGGGCCAUCGAGCUUUCCCAAUACGACUUGCAGUACAAGCCCCGACACGCAAUCAAGGCCCAGGCAAUGGCAGACUUUUUGGUUGAGGUAACGGGUGAUCCCCCCGAGGAAACGGGAACACGGUGGAGGCUCCACGUGGACGGGGCCUCCAACCAAACGUCUGGGGGAGCAGGAGUCAUCUUAGAAAGCCCGGCAGGAAUCAUAUAUGAGCAAUCGACCAAGUUCAAGUUCCCUGUGUCGAACAAUCAAGCGGAAUAUAAAGCUCUCUUAAGCGGACUAAUGCUAGCGCGGGAAGUCGGGGCGUCGAAGGUCGACGUAUGCAGUGAUUCACAGGUCGUCACCUCACAGAUAAACGGAAGCGACCAAGCCCGGGACCCCCUCCUACAAAAAUACUUGGAAAAGGUUAAAGAAAUGACAAAUCAGUUCCAAGAGGUCACGAUCCAACACGUCCCAAGAGAAAGGAACACACGGGCGGACCUCCUGUCCAAACUAGCGAGCACAAAGCCAGGGGCGGGUAACCGGUCUCUCAUUCAGGGCAUGGCGAAGGAGCCAACGGUCGCCCUCCAUCUGACGGAGUUAAGCCCCUCGUGGUUGGACCCCAUUAUAAACUUCCUGGAGCUCGGCAAAUUGCCUGACGACGAGAAGGCUGCCAAAACAUUGAGAAGGGAGGCGGCUAGAUAUGCAAUCAUACAAGGACAGCUGUUCAGAAAGGGGCUCAGCCAGCCCCUAUUGAAGUGCUUGCAUCCCGACCAGACGGACUACACGAACGGACAAGUGGAGUCCGCAAACAAGAUCAUCCUACUCGGCCUCAAGAAGCGCCUAGACAACAAAAAAGGCGCAUGGGCCGACGAGGUCGCUUCGGUCCUGUGGUCCUACCGAACAACCGAGCAAAGCGCUACGGGGGAAACCCCUUUUCUCCUAACAUACGGGGUCGACGUCGUGAUACCCGUCGAAAUCGGUGAACCGAGCCCGCGGCUACUGCUCGCAGGUGUGGACGAAGCGGUAGAAAAGGACCUAGUUGAGGAGACGAGGGAGAUGGCCCAUUUGUCAGAAGCGGCAUUGAAGCAAAGAAUAGCCCUGCGCUACAACGUUAGAGUCCUUAGGAGGGAUUUUGGAGAAAGAGACCUCGUCCUGCGACGCAACGACGUCGGUCUGCCGACUCCUAGGGAAGGAAAGCUGGCGGCAAAUUGGGAAAGUCCCUACAGAAUUAGAGAGGUGCUUGGCAAGGGUGCCUACAAGCUCGAGAGAGUUGACGGCAAAGAAAUUCCUAGAACAUGGAACGCAGGUAACCUAAGAAGAUUCUACUCCUGA